CAGAACAAACCAGGGAAUUGAGAAUCCGAUUCAGUGAGCAAAACCUGAAUUCCUUCAAAAUCCUUAGACGAUCAAUAAUGGGUGAAUUUGAUAGAUUGAUAUAUCGAUAGGAUUUAAAUCCUCGAAAAACCUAGAGAGGGAACCAAUGGCUGCCACUUCGCUGAUGGACACACUCUUCCAGCGCACGCUAGAGGACCUCAUCAAGGGCCUACGACAGGCCGGAAACGACGCCGCUUUGGUAUCCAGAUCGUUGGAAGAAAUCCGCCGUGAGAUCAAGUCGACGGAUUCCCACACCAAGUCCGUCGCCCUCCAGAAGCUCUCCUACCUCAACUCUCUCCAUGGUGUCGACAUGUCUUGGGCAGCCUUCCACGCCGUAGAAUGUGUCUCGGCCUCUUCUUUCGCUCACAAGAAGACCGGUUACCACGCCAUCACACAGUCCUUUACUGAUUCCACCCCGGUCCUCCUCCUUAUCACCAAUCAGCUCCGCAAGGAUCUUACGAGCACUAACAGCGAGUUUGAGGUUAGUAUGGCUCUAGAAUGCUUAGCUAGAAUCGGUACUGUCGAUCUUGCUAGAGAUUUGACUCCAGAGAUUUUUACUUUGCUUUCAAGCUCAAAGCUUUCGGUGAGAAAGAAAGCAAUUUCUGUGGUUUUGAGGGUUUUUGAGAAAUACCCAGAUUCGGUUAGAGUCUGUUUCAAGCGCUUGGUGGAGAAUUUAGAGAGCAAUGAUCAGCAGAUUGUGUCUACAGUUGUGGGUGUGUUCUGUGAGCUAGCUUCUAGGGAUGCACGGUCAUAUAUACCAUUGGCGCCUGAGUUUUAUCGGAUUUUGGUAGAUUCUAAGAACAACUGGGUCUUGAUCAAGGUUUUAAAGAUUUUCUCCAAGUUUGCGCCUCUGGAGCCAAGGAUUGCCAAGAGGGUUGUGGAGCCAAUUUGUGAGCAUAUGAGGAGGACUGGCGCUAAAUCGUUGCUUUUUGAGUGUGUUAGGACUGUUGUCAGUAGCUUGACUGGGUAUGAAUCUGCAGUCAAGCUUGCUGUAGCAAAGAUUAGAGAGUUUUUGGUUGAUGAAGAUCCAAAUCUUAAGUAUCUUGGAUUGCACUCAUUAUCUAUUCUAGCUCCCGAGCACUUGUGGGCAGUUUUGGAGAAUAAAGAGGUUGUCAUUAAGUCGUUGAGUGAUGCGGAUCCUAAUAUCAAACUUGAGUCACUGCGCCUUGUGAUGGCAAUGGUGUCUGAGAGUAAUGUGGCUGAAAUUUGCAGGGUUUUGGUCACUUAUGCAGUAAAUUCUGACCCUGAGUUUUGCAAUGAAAUUCUUGGUUCUAUUUUAUCUACUUGUGGUAGGAAUGUAUAUGAAAUUAUUAUUGAUUUCGAUUGGUAUGUGUCCCUUCUUGGGGAAAUGUCAAGGAUUGCACAUUGCCAAAAGGGGGAAGAAAUUGAAACCCAGCUGAUUGAUAUUGGUAUGAGAGUUAAAGAUGCUCGACCAGAGCUUGUUUGUGUUAGUCGUGAUUUGCUAAUAGAUCCUGCAUUACUUGGUAAUCCUUUCCUGUGCAGGAUACUAUCUGCUGUCGCUUGGAUUUCUGGCGAGUAUGUUGAGUUCUCAAGGAACCCAUUUGAACUCAUGGAAGCAUUGUUGCAGCCUCGAACAAAUCUCUUACCAACAUUGAUACGGUCAGUUUAUGUUCACUCUGCUUUCAAAGUAUUAGUUUUUUGCGUGCGGUCGUACCUCCUGCAAAGUGAAAGUGCUGGUUCCUCAGCAUUUUAUGACAAUUUGGCUACUGGAGUUUCAGAAUCAGCAUCUAUGAGGGAAUGCCCAGAUGACUCUGAUAUAAGGACAUUUGAAUCGCAUGUGGGUUUCAACCCAAGGGUUUCUCAUCAAUUACUUGGGGAUCUCUCAAUAGAAAAUGGUGGGAACUUAAAUCGCAGUAGUUACCGGGCAUCCAUAUCUUCUUCUCAAGUGAGCACUAUUUUAACUCGAGAGUCUAUUCUUAGCUUGCUAAAUCUAGUUGUAUUGGCUCUGGCCCCCCUGUCUGGAAGCAAUGAUGUGGAAUUACAGGAGAGAACAAGAAAUGUUCUUGGAUUUGUUGAUUUGGUAAAGCAAGAAGUUUCUGAUACUUCGCUUCAGAAAGAAGGAAAUUCUGAGAAAGAUAUGGGAGCUGCACUGAUUAUUAAUAUGAUCUGUGAUGCCUUUUCGGAGGAGCUUGGUCCAGUCUCUCUAAGUGCUCAAGAAAGAGUCUCUGUACCAGAUGGGUUAGUGCUUCUAGAGAAUCUUGCUGAUCUGGAUGCUAUAUGUGGAGAUGUUCAGUUACCUUCAUUAAGUUUGUAUUCUUCUGGGAAUCAUUUUGGGGAGAGUGUUACUGUUUCUGCAUCAAACCUGCAGAGCAAAGAACAGUCGGAACCAUCGGGGGAGUCCACUUCUCUGCUUGCAGAACACCGUAAGCGUCAUGGGUUAUAUUAUCUUUUUUCAGAAAAGAAUGGAUCUGAAUCAAACGAUUAUCCACCUGCCAAUGACCCUAAAUCACAUGAUAAUCUUGAUGCUGAUGCUGAAGAUCUAGUUAAGCAUACCGCACAGUCACUUGUCCCAACGAAAAAACCAAUGCAAGCAAAGACAAGGCCUGUGGUGGUGAAGUUGGAUGAAGAUGAAGCACCUAUUUCCUCUAAAAAACAAGAUAUGGAGGAUGAUUCAUUAUCUGGUGCUGUUCGGGAUAUUCUUCUAGGCACUGAAGUGAUGCCUGCAUUGCGAAGUAAUCAAGCUAUCAAUUCAUCCACUAAGAAUAAAGGGAAGGAGAAACUUGAUUUUGUUUCUGAUGCGAAAGAAAACAUUGGUGGUGGAGAAAAGCCAGACAGUGGAAAUCCAAGUUUGAGAAGAAGCAAACACAAGAGUCAUGGUAAAGAGAGGAGACAAAAAAGUCCGACGCAGAAGGAUACUGAAGAAGGAGAUGAAACUGGCAAGAAUGAGAAGCGAAAAAGUAGCCAUCGCCAUGGUAAACAUAAAGCUCGUCAAAGAGCAGAGGGGCCUUUAAAUGUAGUUCCCCCAUCACCAGUUAUUCCUGAUUUCCUUUUAUAGCAUUAAUGUAUUGAUCAAGUGCUUGGCUGUUGUUGCGGCAAGAUUGGUUUUUUCUGCUCACAAUCUUGUUGUCCCAAGUUGGAGGAGCAGCAGCUGGUCUGGUAGCACAAGAACCAGAGCACAACUGAGUAUUAGAAGCCAGAAGGAGACUUACCCGACUAUGGGGGGGGAGAGAGAGAGCAAUGAUGGGGAAAUUGUAUCUUCUUUCUGAGAUGAGGACAAUUAGUCUUCAGAUGGAGGCGCAGUGAGCGCAUCCGACAACGACGGACAUUGCCAGACCAGCCAUGCUUAUACAUGGGUUCUGUUGUAUUGAUUAUGGUUUUAAUUUUUCAGUCUACUUGAAGAAGAACAAUUGUUCGUGGAAUUGAUGGCUACUGUUGAUAUU